UCCAACUCCAUCAUAGUCGCAUCACACGUGUUAGUCUCGGCAAUGUUACAUUAUUUUCUGAUAAAAAAAUGAUUGAACAAGGAAAAACUGAUGUGAUCACAAACACAGCUGAUUUGGAAUUUGCAACUUCGGAGAAGCAACAGGCUCGUGCAUUUCUGCGGGAACGUUUUUUGCGUGUUGUUACCGGCAUUGUCGGCAAACGAGCAGAAUUUCAUUUAUAUGAAAAUACACACGUGUUGGGUGAAUUCAGAGGUUGUGAUGUGGAAUGUUCUGAGAUUUUUGUGAGGAAUUUGGAGACACCAAUUGGGAAAAUACCAGAUGCCGUUCUUCGAAGCAAUGACAUUAUCUACUUAGACAUUGGCGACAUUAGUACUGAACAAUAAAGAAAUAAAUGCCUGAGGAACAGAUGAAUUUACAUGAUAAAAUACCAACACUCGCAAAAUACCUUAUACUGUACAAAAAAAGUUAUUUAUUACACUUUUGGAUACUCAAAA